CUGAAAGUCAUAAAUAAAGACGAGCUGCCAUUGGUUUUGUCUAUCUAUGCUGAAAGUCACAGAUCAAAACAUUUAAAUUGUACGUUUCUCUAAUUUUUCUAAUUUAAAAUGACGGAAAAAACGGCAAAAGAAAAAACAGUGUCCACACAAUAUGCGGCAUUGCACAAGUUUGGUCAAAAUGAAGAAUAUGAGCGAGCGUUAAAAGCAGCAAACAAAAUUUUGGGUGUAGCCCCUCAUGAAUUUCUGGCUUUUCAUUGCAAGAUUGUUUGUCUAAUUGAAUUAGCACGAUUUGAUGAAGGCAUUGCCCAGAUGAACAAAAAUCCAGAGUAUACUCAGGACUUAAUAUUUGAGAAAGCUUAUUGCUACUAUCGCUUAAAUAAACACCAAGAGGCCUUAGCCACUAUAGAGAAAAGUGAAAGCGAAAUCGACUAUCGUACUAAAGAGUUGAAAGCUCAAAUUUCAUAUCGUUUAGAACAGUACAAAGAUGCUCAUGCAAUUUAUCAAGAUAUCAUCAAAAACACUGACGAUGAAUAUGAAGAAGAGCGUCUCACUAACUUAUAUGCCACAAUGGUGUAUCUUGAUGAAGAUGAUAGGGUUGAUCUGGAAUUGAAAGAAGAUGCUUAUGAGCUGUGCUAUAACAAAGCCUGCAUGCUAAUUGCUUCAGAAGAAUAUGUAGAAGCCGAAAAGAAACUAAAACAAUGCGAAAAACUUUGCAGAGAAAAAUUUGAGGAAGAUGAAGAUAUGGCCGACGAAGAAAUUGAUAUUGAGCUGGCUUUAAUUAGAAUUCAAUUGGCCUUCGUCUAUCACAAGCUCGGUAGAGUUAAAGAAGCUCAAAUCCUUUAUGCAUCUAAUUUGAAAUUGAAGCUAGAAGAUAUAGCUUUGCAAGCCGUGGCCAGCAAUAAUAUUGUGUGCAUAAAUAAAGAUCAAAAUCUUUUUGACUCAAAGAAGAAAAUGAAACUUGCCUUGAAUGAUACACUGGUCCAUAAACUUCCAUCAUUGCAGCGAAAACAUAUCGCAUUGAAUAAUGCUAUUUUGAAUUAUUACAUCAAUCAAACGGAUCAAUGUGAAAAAGCAUGUAAAGCCAUAGAAAGUACAUGGCCGGAGUUGCACACUUCUGUAACUAUUCUAAGAGCCUUAAAUCUGGUAAAGGCGGAUAAAAUUGGCGAUGCUAUCAAUUUGUUGAGAAAAGGAGAAAAAGAUGAAACUAGCAAAUUAUAUGUGGAUCUUUGCAUUGCACAAUUUCAUUUAAUUAAAGGAGAUAAACUUGAAGCUUGUAAAGUGCUAGAGAAUCUUGGUCAGGACGCCUAUAAACCUGGAAUAGUUGGAGCUCUUACUACUCUUUAUUUAGCUAUUGGGGAAGAAUCUACUGCACUGAAGGUGUUUGAGAAAACUGUAGCAUUUUACAAGCAAAGAAAGGUCAAAUCUGCUGAUCUUUCAAGCUUUUGGAGACAAGCUGCAGAUUUCCAUAUUAGAAACGGACAUCCGCAAGUUGCUGCUAAUAGCCUUGAGGAACUAUUGUCUGCUAAUAAAGAUGAUAAGAAAAUAGCCGCCCAACUAGUCUUAGCUUGUUCCCAGUUUGAUAAAGCUCGCGCUUUGAAACUCAGCAAGGACUUGCCUUCUAUCGAGGAGCUGGCAAAGGGUGUUGACUAUGAAAGCAUUCAUACUUUAGCUCCGGUUCAAAAGAAAAGUCCAGCAACAAAAGGAGAUUCUUUGCCAAGCACUCCAAAGUCGGAUCCAGAUUCCCAAAAACGAAAGAGAAGGCAUAGAAUGCGAAAGGGUAAAUUGCCCAAGAAUUACGAUUCUAGUGCCCAACCUGAUCCUGAACGAUGGCUACCAAAAUACGAAAGAACUGGCUAUAGAAAGAAGCGUGAUCGAAGGGCUAAGGAAGUCAUCAAGGGGUCUCAGGGCACGUCCUAUGGUCAAACCGAGCAAUACGACUUUUCUAAGAAAUUGGAUGAAGUUGCGAUGAGUCCGGCAUCCAAUGCAGAACCUUCCCCAAGAGCUUCUCAGUCGAAGCAGGGUGCUCACCAGAAGAAAGCUAAUCAAAAGAAGAAAUCCAAACGCCGUUAGUGAUCGGUUUUGAAGGCAGGCCAGACCUAAAUGGACUGGUUUUUGUAUACAUUUUUAAAUAAAUGCUUUACUAAA